GAAGACAGCAAGAAUAACAACAGUGUAUGCCAGGACACUGACUUGGGAGGUUAUAUGUUGCUGCUCCGGGAAUACUGGCUCCGUUUCCUCACGUUUUUCCCCUAUCUUUGUGAACAUAUGUGGAAAAGCGUCUUUUAGUUAUAAAAGCAGUUUGUGGUUGGGUUAAGGAGGUAGAAAUUUACUGUUAAUUAACAAGAAGAAAACAGUUGUUGGUGAGGAUAGCUGACUAAGGAAUGAGGAGCAGGGACCUGUAACUUAAUGUGAUUGCCUGCAGAACGAGUAAUGUGGGUGUGACCAAUGGCUCACUUCUUAUGACCAGAACGGAUUGGCAGGCAAAGAGGCGCGUGCUAUGUCCAUGCCCACAAACAUCAGGUAGCGGGGCUCUCGUGUGCCACUAAUAAUAUGGUGUCAUUAUUAUGGGGUGCUCUCCUCCUCGUCCUUCUUCCUGUGCUUAUAUCAGGUAAUCCUGUGCAUCCCACCCUGAUACAUGGUGGUGGUGAUGAGCCCUUGGACCUGCAGCAUGACCACCCUGAUGCAGAGGACUCGUACAACAACCUUGAGUCAGAUGGCAUCCCUCAAGAGCUACACUCUCUUCCUACCACACAACUGGAAAAAGAGAAAGUGGAGAAGUUUGAUCCCUCCAGGCUGAACUACACAGCAUUGCGUUUGGAAAUAGAUGAGGAGCUGGAUCGUUUGAGCAAACGUGAGGGCCGCUUUAUUGGGGAGAGCAGGUUGCCUAAGUUUCUUUCUAACUUGGGCAAGUUCCUUGAUUUUGAACAAGUAGUGAAAGAGAUUGAAACAUCCAUCAUGUCCAGCAUGUCCUGCAAUGCCUGUAAAGCUGGUGUGGGACUCCUGCAGCAUUAUGUUCAAAAUGGCAAGACAAGGGAUGACAUCAUCAAGGCAGCCUCCAGGUUGUGCAUGUCUUUUAAGAUUGAGACUCCACGAGUGUGUAUGGGUAUCAUCUAUCUUAUGGCAGAUGAAGUGGUUUAUGUGGUAGAAAACUUAGUAAUGAGUCCAGAUGAAGUAUGUGGAUUUCUGAUAGGAGAUAUUUGUGGCACUCCAUAUAAUCCUUACCAUGAAUGGCGUGUGGCCUUCCCACCUGUGCCCAAACCUCCAAUACCCCAACCAGAACCUCCUAUGGAGGGAAUGCCAACACUGAAAGUUCUGCACCUGUCAGAUACUCACUUUGAUCCGGAAUACAGAGCAGGAUCAAAUGCAGACUGUGGUGAACCCUUAUGUUGUCGGGCUAGUUCUGGCCCUGUCAAAUCUCUAGACAAGAGAGCAGGAUUAUGGGGAGAUUACAGGAAGUGUGACACACCCUUGAGAACCAUAGAAAGUAUGCUGGACAACAUUGCUUAUCUACAUCCUAACAUUGAUUACAUCAUUUGGACGGGUGAUCUUCCACCACAUGAUAUUUGGAAUCAGACAAGGGAAAGCAAUUUGAAUGUUAUGAGAGCAACUGUUCAGCAGCUUAUGGAUUAUUUUCCUUACACACCAAUAUUUCCAGCUCUUGGGAACCAUGAAGCUGCUCCUGUAAAUAGUUUUCCCCCACCAUACAUCUUGGGAGAUUAUAGUGUCAGCUGGUUGUACGAUGAGUUAGAUCGACAGUGGCGACGCUGGUUGCCACAAGAUACCUCUCCAUCAAUAAGAAAAGGAGCAUUUUACUCAGUUCUUGUGCGACCUGGGUUUAGAAUAAUAUCACUGAACAUGAAUUACUGCAAUAAUAAAAACUGGUGGUUACUCAUAAACUCCACUGACCCAGCAGAAGAGCUUCAGUGGUUUAUCUAUGAACUACAAGGAGCAGAAGAUAGAGGAGAAAAAGUGCAUGUGUUGGGUCACAUUCCCCCAGGCCACCAUGACUGUCUUAAGAUCUGGAGUCAUAAUUACUACAAAAUCAUCAACAGAUUUGAAUCAACCAUUACUGCUCAGUUCUUUGGACAUACUCACUUUGAUGAAUUUGAGUUGUUCUAUGAUGAAUAUGAUCGCCAUCGUGUCACAAAUAUCGCUUAUAUUGGACCAUCUGUAACAUCCUACUACAAACUUAAUCCUGGCUACAGAAUAUAUACUAUUGAAGGAGAAUAUACAGGCUCUCAAAAGCUUGUGCUGGAUCAUGAGACAUGGGUCAUGAACUUGGAUGAAGCCAACAGAGAUGGAGUUCCCAGAUGGUAUCAACUGUAUUCAGCUAAAAGAGCUUACAACAUGAGGAAUUUGCUUCCAGAAGAGUGGAACAGUUUAGUUUAUAAGAUGGCAUUAGAAGAUGAUCUUUUUGAAAAAUAUCUCAGAUUUUACUGGAAGAAUUCUGUAGUACGUGAACCGUGUGAUCCAGAGUGCAAGAAACGAAUGUUGUGCGAUUUGAAAUCUGGCAGGUCUAACGAUCGCAAGCAUACAUGUGCCAAGAUUAAAAAACAGAUCGAAAAUCGGGAAUGGAAGGACUGGAAGAACUGGAUUUUCUCAGGACUAACCAUUACGUCACUGGCAACUUGGUGGUUUUGGGGCUGAUGUGCGAUAUCAGGAUGGAACACUGAUUAGUCUGAAACUGAGACCAUCGUCUGCCAUUGCUAGAACAAUACUGAAUGUACACUAUAUUUGUAAGAUAGGAAAUAUUACAAGUUUUAAGUAAAU